CAUGUGUGAUAUCCACCAUGGCCCGAUCACUUCGUCGGGUUCCAAUUCUUCUCCUAUUUUUACUAGGCAUCGGAUAUUACAAAUUAACCAAGUUAUAUUCCGUGUCGAUUUCGCCAGUGAUUUACCAGAGUGAAGAGGAUCCAGAUAUUUUGCGAAUAUGUCAUUGUGAUUCACCCAUCAUAGAGGCCUAUCCCAAAAACUUGCCGGACUCGACUUGUAGCAAAAGGGCCAAAGCCAGGGGCCUUGGUCAAAAAGUGAUCUCCUUUGCCUUAUUCGGCGAGUAUUUCGGAGACGAUGGCCAACCUAAUUGGUACAGCCAGGGGGCUUGGGAUAAUGCGGAACUACUACCCGUUUACUACGGGUCCGAUUGGAUAAUGAGGCUAUAUCAUAAUCAAGUUGGAUUUGAUGAAAAAGAGAUGAGAUUCUUGUGUGAUCUCAAGUGUAACCACUCCCAUGUUGACCUUUGUUAUGUGGGAAACAUUCCCCACUAUGAACAAAUCGAAGAGCAUCCGGGGACUCUGUGGCGAUUCCUUCCAAUGGGAGAUCCUUUGGUGGAUGUCUUCCAUGUCCGUGAUCUGGAUUCUCGCCCCUCUGAUAGAGAGACUGCCGCGUUGGCCGAGUUCCAUGAAUCUCAAGAGCAAUUUCAUAUUUUGCGGGAUCAUCGGAACCACCGAGCCGCAAUACUAGCGGGAAUGUGGGGUGGCAAGCCAUCCAUAGACAGAAUAGGAAUGACCACUCUUUUGAGGAAAAUGCUAACUGCCUCCAAUAAAUUCCGUGAUCACGCGCAGGACAAAGUCUUUGAUCAAUUCAUUUUGACUGAAGCUUUGUUCCCGGCUAUUAAAGAUGUGGCCAUGGCUCAUGACAGCUUUCAUUGCGGACUAUUCAGGGUACAUUCUGUGCGGCCAUUCCCGACUUCCCGCCCAAUGGAACCUUACAACUUUAUCGGAGCUCAAAUGUUCGGACAUGCCAAACCAUAUCGAGAUGUUUGUCCUCCACCAUGCAGACCCAAACACCACAUGGACUGGCUACACUGUUGAUAAAGUAGCUUUAUUGUACUUUUUUUGUAACUAAUAAAAAGAUAACGAGUU